AUGUAUGCUUGCUAUUCAGCAGAGUCCAAGGAUUAUUCUUACAGAGAAUAUCUCGAAGUCUUUAAGUGUUUUAAAUAAAUUUAGUUAGCCAGAUUUUAAUUAUCAAUUAAGCUUUUAUUUCAUUAGAUUAGAUUCCUUUCAUUAAAAUCUAGUAUUCAACAAUAAGGUUAGUCAGAAUCAGAUUAUAUAAGAUCAAUAGCAUGUAUUAAUAGAAAAUCGAGAAAUGCAAAGCUUUCAAUAAAAAUCAAUACACCUUCACAUCAAUUAUUGAUCAAUAUUAAAGAUUUUCACACAUUUGAUUAGAUUAACUCAGCUGGAUUCUCAAGAUUGGGAAAUGUGUUAAGCUAUCUACAAGACAUUAAAAAGAUAACCACAUUUCAUAUAUAAAUCGAGAAAUUAUUAUUUCUGAUUCAAGUGGAUUAAAAACUUGGGUUCGAUGAUGAAAUCAAUAUUGUGAUUUGCAAUGCAUCGUCCAAUCUUGUUCUUCCUGAAAAAGUUAUUUGA